ACAAUUCUGGGAAGCCUACGCAUCUUCUUCCACGGUCAACUGAUCAACACGAGACAGAUCUUGUAAGUCAGCUGCAUGCGUUGUUGAAAUCCAUAGUCUUUCGAGACAUGGUCUGGAAACUCAGUAAACUUCAAAGCAGUUAUAAUGAACUGGGAUUUUAUGUUGAGCCGUACCUUACACCGUGCACAUCCUUUGUUUUAGGCUUAUUAAUAUUUAAAUAGCAUGGUUGAAUGACUGAACUGAAACGUUGCUAUUGGAUGAUUCGUUCAUUAUACUGAAAUACAAUGUGUUUAUAUUGACCGUGCCCAAAACUGCAUAAACGCGAACAGAAAGACUUUAGCGGAGUUUCCAAACCAUGUUUUGAAAGACUAUGGUUUAACUUGAAAGGUAGGAUUAAAAACUAUCCUUGAAUAUGUUUGACAGUUGACACAAUAAAAUGAUAAAGGAAUCCUACCUUUCAAGUUACACAAAAUUUUGUGCUUCUUUCGUUUUCUGGGGACGAUGUUUUCAAUAUCAGUUCGUCGAUUUUUAAACCAAAUUUGCCGAAUCAUUCCUUUUGAAAAGCAUUAUUUACUAUACUAUUUACUAGUCAACUAGCCAAUCAGAAUACGCGAAAGCUCAUUUGGUCUGCACAAUUUAUACUACUGUAAUUACUAUUAUAUUAGUUCAGUUUGUUAUAUUUUAAUAACGUCUCCUUCUUACUCUUUAGCUAUACAAGAUGUACUGUAAUUUAGCAUUUUAGAUUUUUGUAUGAUCGGCGAAACUGAUAAAUACAGUAGAUAUAAAUAAUUAAAAUGUUUCCACUCUUGAAAUUAGGCUCGGCUUAACGACCUUCACUUAUUACGGAAUCAAGAACCAAAUGAAUUUCCGACGACAUCUACUGCUUUACCUCAAGACGUUUUUAGUAUGGAUGAUGAUGACCCAACGAGGUAUUACAUGUACAUACUCUUCAAUUAUUUAAGGGGGUAUGUAUAUGAAACUAAAUAAACAAGCAAUGUCAUAGGAAAAACACAACAUAUACUCUAGCAUCCACGAUAAUAUGAAAGUCAGUCAGAAGUGUUUAUUGCAGAGAAGACUAGAAUUGAUUUUGUUAAUGGAGGAUGGGGGCGCAAUGGAGGAUGGGGGGAAAUAGGGAGUGCAUUGGGGCUUAUUUUCUCAGUCAGUGCUUCUAGACUGGAGCUAAUUAGACAGGCGCGGGGCUAAAUAGAGGCUGGGACUAAAUACUGUGGAAGAAAUACGCUAUGUGAAAUUACUAGACAUCCCCUUUAAAGGUGGGUUUUGUAGAUGAAAAUUUUGAAGUGUGAAUUUUAUACAUUUAUUAAACCUAAUCUGGAGCAGUUGCGGCAACUGUUGGGGAAUUCCUGUGAUUCCGCUUCGAUUCCUGCCAGAGGGCCUAUAGUUGGUUAUGUGUAAUAAAUGUAUAAAAUUAACGCUCGAUCUAUCUACAAUCAGUUAUAAAGAGUGUAGAUACCCCAAAUCCUGAUAUUUACCUUCAAUGUGGCUUACAUUAUAGAUCCUAACUCGCUUUUGGGUUAAUGAUGUAGGUUAGCUUUCAAGGUGGCUCCCCACAUUUAAAAAGAAAUGGAAGAUUGGCUUUUUAGUGUAGAAUUUGUGGACGAAUAUUAUCUGUUUCGGUUAAAUAUUAAAUUUUUACACAAGUCAGAUACAAAUGAAAAAUUCCGAAAUCUUCCAUUUUUUAUGGAUGUCCACGUUCACGAUUUUUUUCCUUCGAUCAUGUAGUGAAAACGAAGGAUCAACGGAGUCGCACAGUUACCAUAACAACAUCUAUGAAGGUGAUGACGAUUUAGUAAUUGAUCUUCCUGAGUGAUGGAAAGUAGAUUUGUUCGUGACCGUUUUGUAAAGUACUGUAAAUUUUCGUGUGUUAAUGUCAAGAAUUAAACGUCCUAAAACUUUCAAAACAAUUCUUUUUAUUCUAUCUGUUGGGGCGGAUAUGUUUGUG